GGGGGCGGCGGCGGCGGCGGCGGCGGCUCCGGGGAUGGCGGCGGCUCCGCUGCUGCUGCUGCUGCUGCUCGUGCCGGUGCCGCUGCUGCCGCUGCUGGCCCAGGGGCCCGGGGGGGCACUGGGAAACCGGCAUGCGGUGUACUGGAACAGCUCCAACCAGCACCUGCGACGAGAGGGCUACACGGUGCAGGUGAACGUCAACGACUACCUGGACAUUUACUGUCCUCACUACAAUGGCUCGGGGGUGGGCCCCGGGGCGGGCCCGGGCCCCGGGGGCGGGGCGGAGCAGUACGUGCUGUACAUGGUGAGCCACGCCGGCUACCGCACCUGCAACGCCAGCCAAGGCUUCAAGCGCUGGGAGUGCAACCGCCCGCACGCCCCCCACAGUCCCAUCAAGUUCUCGGAGAAGUUCCAGCGCUACAGCGCCUUCUCGCUGGGCUACGAGUUCCACGCCGGCCACGAGUACUACUACAUCUCCACGCCCACCCACAGCCUGCACUGGAAGUGCCUGCGGAUGAAGGUGUUCGUCUGCUGCGCCUCCACAUCGCACUCCGGGGAGAAGCCGGCCCCCACCCUCCCCCAGUUCACCAUGGGUCCCCAGGUGAAGAUCAACGUGCUGGAGGACUUUGAGGGAGAGAAUCCCCAGGUGCCCAAGCUGGAGAAAAGCAUCAGCGGGACGAGCCCCAAGCGGGAACACCUGCCCCUGGCUGUGGGCAUCGCCUUCUUCCUCAUGACGCUCUUGGCCUCCUAGCUCUGCCCCCUCCCUCAGCUGGGAGACGUGGGGCUGGCAAAGGGUGGGGAGACUCUGGCCUCUCCGAGGGAAGCCUGGGUGUGGGGCUAGACCCCUUCUCCGAUGGCUGGGAGUGUGGUCUGCAGCAUACAUCCGUGCCCAUCUCCUUCGCCCUCUCGCUCCCCAUGUAGGGCACAGUAGUGGGCCAGACACAGGGACGGCCACGGUCCCGGAUGGCCUUCUGGCUCCGGUACCUUUCCCUGGUACCCUCCCUUGUUGUCACCACCAGAGACCUAGAGAGCCAGUCCAAGUGUGGGAGGCACCCCCAUCAUCUCUUCUAGGGGUGGACACAGGGAGAGGACUAGAUGGGCGAGGGGGUGGCAGCGCCUACUGCCCCCUUUCCCCUGUUUACAGCAAUAAGCACGUCCUCCUCCCACUCCCGCUCCCAGGAUUUCAGUUUGGAUCGGAUCCAAGUUUACAAGCAGACACCCCUGGGGGGGGCGGGCAGGGGACAAGGUGACAAAGGGUGGGCAUUGGGGUGCCGGCAGGCAUGUACAGACUCUAUAUCUCUAUAUAUAAUGUACAGACGGACAGACUCCCUCUCUCCCCAACCCCCUGCCCUCCUUGACCUCCUUUCCAGCUUCAGACCCCUUCCCCACCAGGCUAGGCCCCCCCACCGGGGGACCCCCUGGCCCCUCUUUUGUCUUCUGUGAAGACAAGACCUAUGCAACGCACAGACACUUUUGGAGACCGUGAGACAACGACGCCCUGUCCCCUCCAGCCCCCAGCCAGGACCCAAACCCACAACCCCGCCCUGCCCUCCUUCUGUGGCCCCACCCAUCCUCCUGGGCCUUUUUCAAGUGCUUUGGCUGUGACUUUCAUACUCUGCUCUUAGUCUAAAAAAAUAAACUGGAGAUAAAAAUAA